AUGGCAAGUGUGGCCGGCUCAUUUCUUCGUAUUCCAAACUUCCACAGUCCGAGCCCGGCGCCCGAUGUCGACGAGCAAGAACAACAGUACAACGAACAAUUGGUGGACGUGCUGGAUACCGUCGCAGAUCCUGAGAUUUCCACCCUCUCGACCCUUACUAAUGUGCAGAACUCACUUUUCGUCCCGGAUUUGGGCAGAUACAUCAAUCGUCGACCGACAUACACGCUUUCGCGUGUCUCGGAAACGGAGUCGCCAAUCGAGAGUGAAGGAUUAGAUCCGGACAAGCUGGAACGGGACGAUAUGGAGGAUUCCGACGAUGAGAUAGAGCCCGUGGAGCGGAUGCAGACAACCACUUCCCUUACUUCGAGGCUCGAUUCGGAGCAUUAUGCCGUUUUGCCUCCCGGCGAGAGACUCAAAGGUUGGACUGAAGAGGAGAUAUACGAAUUGAAUGACCAUGUCAGGCAUAUGCUACAUUCUCGGAGAGAGAAAUUCAAGAGAGGCUUGAAGGGAUUUGGACAGUAUGUUCGGAAGCCCCUCGGCUUCCUCGUCACGCUUUACGCUGUUUGCAUCACCGUCUUUGGUUUGGCCUGGGUAUUGUUCUUAAUCGGUUGGAUCAACGUUGGUGGCCGCAAAGAUUACAUAAUUAACGUCAUCGACAAUGUGCUCGUUGCACUCUUCGCCAUCAUGGGGGACGGUCUUGCUCCGUUCCGAGCAGUUGAUACCUAUCACAUGAUAUAUAUCGCACAUUACUACCACCUCACAUGGCGCUUGCGCAAAGAACGCGCUCUCCCAAAACUCAGAAAUCGGAACUCCCUCCCAGACCUCACGUACAACGCCCAAUCCGAGCUUGAAGCCGGGCGGAUGUCACCGCAUGAGAAGGCAGGGGAGUAUUCAGUCCUGACCCCCGCCCAGCAGAAGAAAUUGGUCCACCAUCAGAAGAAAUUCUCGCGAUCUCAUACAUUUUACAAACCGCACGAAACAGAAACGCAUUACGCGUUUCCGCUCCGGCUACUCGUUGCGAUCGUCGUAUUACUUGACUGCCACUCUCUUCUUCAGAUAUCUCUGGGAACCUGCACAUGGGCAAUCAGUUACCACGUACGGCCAUUUGCCUUGACGACAGUCAUUCUAUGUUUCUCAAUCACGUGUAACAUUACGGCCGGGGUGCUGAUUUCGGUUGGGGAUCACAAGACGAGGAAGAAGGAUGUGAUAGAACGCAUGUUCAGGCAGGAUUUGACGGCGCAGGCGAUGAAAAAGAUAGUGAAAAAGAAGGAGAAACUGAGAAUGAGUCACGAGGCGCUGGAGCGGCCUGCUAUUACAGGUAGUUCUUCCGAUAUGGAGAUCACGAUGGAUAAAUGA